UAAAACAUUGAUAAAAUGGAGCCACCACCAUUGCCAGAUCAUGAGGAACCUAAACCCUUAAAUAAUGUACGUGACACUGAACCUCAGUCUCUAAGAGAAUUGAUAGAUGAUGGAAUAGAGAUGAGACGACACAGCAAUUCCAGAAGUGCCCAGAAUUCGCGAAGUUCUCAAAGAUCCCAAAGUUCUGGAAGUUCUGCAAGUUCCAAAAUGAGCACACACAACGUGACCCAAACAGAGCACAUUGAAGUGGCUGUCGAUGGUGAGCCAACUCUGAACUUGGUUGUCGAUGGUAAGCCAACUCUGAACUUGGCUGUCGAUGGUGAGCCAACUCUGAACUUGGCUGUCGAUGGUAAGCCAACUCUGAACUUGGCUGUCGAUGGUGAGCCAACUCUGAACUUGGAAAGAAGUACAUUCUACAUAAGUUGCAAUGCCGAAAAAACAAGUAGAGGAAAAGGUUUAUCGGAAUCUGGGGAAUCAAACACAAGCAGCUAUGGAACUUGUAAAGAUCACAGUCAGGAUGAAUUGGAUGGUGUUCUGUUGGACGUGCGCACCAUAAUGUCUCGUCAGCGCUCAGAAUCCCUGGCCUCGCUUGAGUACUACCGUUCACAGGACACGCGCUUGCAGGUCUCAGCGCGAGAGGAACUGCAGGUCAGACCCCAAGGCAGAGAGCACGACCGCCAUGUCCAGCAGUCGCAAAGACUACCAUUCUGGCUUUGGUUCAUCAUUGCCAAGAGUCUGGGGAUCAAGUUGCACGCUGACGACAAGCCCAUUGCGGCAACGAUCCUGUAUACCCUCACGUUUAUGACAGCUUUAGGUUACAUCAUGUCCAACUGGUGGUUCACGGCAUACGACAUUGCCAGCCACUACACCAACACUACAGUCAUAGAUGGAACCAUUAGCAUAUUCUACUCGCUGCUUUGGGGUGCGCUGGGAGUGUAUGCUAACAAAUUGGCAUAUAGGUUAUUCAGUCACAAGAAGUUCCUAGACAUGUUGCGGCUCCACUCGAAGACCAUCUUGAAAAUGAACGCAGCAGCGGUGCUCUUCACGGUGAUGAUGCUGUUCGCCCUUAUCAACGAUGUCAGUGCCUAUUCUAAUUUCAAGGAUGAGACGUGUCAGACCGUGGCCGUUGACGUAAUAGUGUGCAAAGUGCGAUACAUAAUGCGGGUUGUGUACUCGGGAUUUGCCGUCGCCUGGAAUUAUCUGGUUGCCUUUGUCCUCAUCUCUGUCUGCCGCACACAUGUCAUUGGAAUUCGCAAGUUUAUGCAGUCUCUGGAACAAGAUUCACGUGUUUACGAAGCAAGGUACAUGGGCGUCACACAACAUGGGACGCCAGACAGACCUGUGCUCGAAGAGAAUGGUCAUCACUCUGAAGGAAAUGAGCUUUUAUCCGAGUACACGUGGGUGGACGAGGACUACCUGGAGGAGUUGCGAGACCCCGGGACAAGCGACGUCGACUCCAACUCUUCGGCACUCAUCCCACAACAGGGUAACAGAUGCGCCAGUGUGCCGGAUUCAAGUGGUUCGCCAGACAGUGUGGGUCUUCCUAUUCCCCGGAUUCCAGCCUCGCCGUCCUCCUCGGGGCAAAGCGUUGCGUCAGAGAGGUCUUUGAACGUGCAGAAAGAUGCUCAGGGGCAGGAGAAGGCUUCCAGUACUUUAACACACAGAGCUCGAUCCAACAGCCAGAUAGACGAGGCCAGCUCAGUGUGUAGUACGUCAACAUCCGCUGAGGUCCGCACGAAGCCCACGCCUCUCAUGAGCAACUCGGAGAUCCUGUUCCGAUACUGGAAGAUACAGUCCCGGCUGCGGCUGUCGUCGGUCGCGCUCCAGAGGUGGAUGAUGUCAGUGCUGUCCAUGGUGGUGGUGUGGCUGGCCAUGAACCUGGUCCUGUGGCUCAAUCACGACCCGAUGCUGAUCGACCUGGCCAACUUCUUCCUCCCGCUGGCCCUCCUCCCCCUGUUGGCCUCCGCGUAUGCUGAGGUCAACCAGGAGGGGCUUAGGCUUCUCAAGUUCAUUUGCCCAGUGGAAGAGAGGCUGCAGAUGCUGUACGUCCUACAGAACAACCCCCUCCAGAUGACAGUCUACGGGUUCACCCUCUCGUACUCCACAAUCACCACGGCAGCCUUUGGUAUCUUGCUGGCUUUCGCGUCCAAGGUCCUGAUUCAGGAGCUAUCGGGACCCAAAACCCCCCCUAUAGCCCAGUGAUGGAACUUUGGGUUGGGAUUUGCCUUACCAGAUAUUUUGUAUCUUCCACCUCAUAAUGAGACCGUUUUUUCCUGUGUCCCCAUAGUGGGAAAGGAGCAAUCGAUGUCAUUCCAGAUUUCUGGGGGGGUUUGGUAGAUGUUGUAUGGAAGACAACAGAAUUCUUUUUUAAUAUUAUGAUAAUUUAGCGAUGGUAUAAUGCAGUUGUAGGCAAUGUAAAGCUGUUGCAUAGGUUGGUUAGGUAUGCAGAAGAUGAGGUGAAAGGGAGGUUCAUAUUAGUAGAGGAAGAGCAGCUAUUAGCUACAUGCAAGUCUUUCAGUAUAUUGAGUAUUAUAACUAAGUCUGUUUUUUAAACAGUUGUUGACCAUGGUUGCUUAGGAUAGUAAUUGUGAUUCCCAGUUGAUUCUGUUUAAUUAUUUUUAACUAUUGGCAUUAGCACCAAUAUAACAUUCCUAACUGGUUUUCUUAUCAGCAAAUAUCUCUGUAUUUUGCUAGAGCAUUUUGUAGUUUAGACUUUUUACUCACACAUUACUUGAACAGUUUUUGCCAAUGAUAAAAUUAUGAAUAUUAACACAACUAAAUCUGUUAACCAUAUAGCAGAUAUAUAGUCUUUAUUUUAUGAGCUAUAAAGACAUUGUAUUUAAGAAGUGAAGGAAGAAGAAACUAAAAUGUAAUUGAAUGAGGAAUAACCAAUGUAGAAAAAA